AUGGUGCCGGUGGCCGUCGCAGGCGCCGUGGCGAAGCCGUUCGCGGAGAAAUUCUACCAGUUGUUCGACGCGAUUGUUCAGGACUUGGGGAACCUGUACGAGGAAGAUUCGAUGCUGACCUUCGAGGGCGAGAAGUUCCUGGGCAAGGAGAGAAUCCUAAGCAAACUCCAGUCCCUUCCCUUCCAGCAGUGCCAGCACAGAAUCAAAACCGUCAAUAGCCAGACCGCCGGCCCCGCCGGCGGCGUGCUCAUCCUCGUCAAGGGUGUGCUAGACUUCGUCCGGCUAGACGGCGUGCGGCAAGCCGUUGAUUUCAGCCAGUGUGUUGGGUUAAAUGACAUCAAAUGUGAUUUCUCUGUGAAUAUCCAGUAG